CGCGCGGCGCGGGGACGGCGGCCCUGCCCCUCCCUGCCCGGGCCCGGGGACCGAGCGGGGCGGGAGCCUCGGGAGGCGGCGCUCGGGCCUCGAACCCCACGGGCUCCCGCCGCCAGGUCCACGUGGACCCUGGGCCGCAGUGGAGCUGCAGCCCGGCCCCCGCGCGUGGGGGAGGGGGCGCUACGGCCGAGUUCCCCUUUUUCUGGAGCUCAAAGCCUGGGGAAGUGAUUGCUCAAAGGUGGGGGCCGGAAGAACCCAGGUUUCCGCGUCUUCCUCCCUCCAUCAGCCUGGUGAGGAGGGGCCGGGGCGGGACACUGUCGGCCCCCGCCCCCACCUCGCCAGAUCUGGCCGCCACUCAGCCCCGCGAGCUGUAGGGAAGGCGCUGCGCCCCCGGCCCCAGCCGAUUGGGGGCUCCUGGCGCUGGCCUCCCUCCAGAGCGAGGCAGGAGUCCCUCCUGCCGUCUGACUUGAGUCCCUGCUGCUGCAGUGCACGCCCCUUCGGCAGCCAGGGUGGGGCCCACACCCAACCUGGCCCGUCCUGCCCCCACCCCGCCUUUGGGUCGCUGACCCCCAGGCUGUGGUGAGGGUCUGAGAGCUGGCACCACGGAGCCUGGGCAACUUCCUCCGCCCACCCAUGCCCACCCCGCAUGAGGCUGAGAAGCAGAACACAGGGCCAGAGGAGGCGGACCGGCCCCCUUCAAUGUCCAGUCAUGAUGCAGCCCCUCCAGCAGCCCCCAGCCGCAACCCUUGCUGCCUGUGCUGGUGCUGCUGCUGUAGCUGCUCCUGGAACGAAGAGCGGCGGCGUGCGUGGCAGGCCUCCCGGGAGAGCAAGCUGCAGCCCCUCCCCAGCUGUGAAGUGUGUGCCACGCCAAGUGCUGAGGAGGUGCAGAGCUGGGCGCAGUCCUUUGACAAGCUGAUGCACAGCCCGGCGGGACGCAGUGUGUUCCGGGCCUUCCUGCGGACGGAGUACAGCGAGGAGAACAUGCUCUUCUGGCUGGCCUGCGAGGAGCUGAAGGCCGAGGCCAACCAGCACAUGGUGGACGAGAAGGCGCGGCUCAUCUACGAGGACUAUGUGUCCAUCCUGUCCCCCAGGGAGGUGAGCCUGGACUCCCGCGUGCGGGAGGGCAUCAACAAGAAGAUGCAGGAGCCGUCCGCGCACACGUUCGACGAUGCGCAGCUGCAGAUCUACACGCUCAUGCACAGGGACUCCUACCCGCGCUUCCUCAGCUCUCCCACCUACCGGGCCCUGCUGCUGCAGGGACCCUCACGGUCCUCCUCUGAGGCCUAGGCUGCCCGGCAGCACAGACCCCGCCGCCUCCCCUGGCAGACUCUGGGUUGCUGUCAGGGCGCCCACCUGCAGGCCCCAGCCCUGGAGGCCGUCCUAGACCCAGUGGGGAGUGCUGUGUCUUCUGGCUCUGCCCACCAUCCCGAGCAGGAACUCCAGGUGCAGGGCGGGUCAGAAGCCCCCUCAUCGCCCACAGCUGGCUGGCACGGUGUUCCUGGCUGGGGACUCGGGUGGUGAGAGCAGGGGUCCCCCCAGGAGGCAUGCUGGACCCAUGAGCCUCGUUGGGGCCCCUCCCCAGGCAGCUGACGGGCCCCAGACUAGCCUUUGGUGGAUCUAGAGCCUCCACGUCGUGUAGUUUUGUGACAUAAGGAGACCUCCUACUUGAGCUGUCCCCAGAACCAAACCCAGCACCUCAGAACCAGAUGCAGAACCUCAGAAUCCUGCACUCAAGGUGCCAGGACCCAAUUUCUGUUUUAUAUGUUCAUGAACUUGAAACCUGGAAACAUGUCCUUGAUAUGUGUUUUACCAAAAAAAAAAAAGUUUUCAUAUUUAUCUCUAUCCCUAACCUCCCCAAAAUAGGAUGUCUUAUUAAUUGAAGGUAUUUUUAAAGCAAAA